CUAAAAAUGAAAAGCGUUUGCAUUUUUUCCUUAAUUAUAAUCCUUUGCUGCUUGUCAAUUAAGGCGCAGCGUCUAAAUUGCAGCAGGAUUCGAGAAAAUUGUCGUCCUUGUACUCGCCGUUUAGUGGAUCCCAUUAACAAUCUGGAGUUCAUAAAUAGAGAUUGUAGAGAAAAAGUCAGGGAACGUUAUAUUUGGCGGGAUGUCAGACGUUGCGAAAUGCAAAUUUUUGCGUGCGAAAAUCAUGAGAACAGAUUGGACUGCGAAAAUGUGGCUAGGUUAACUGGAAUGAGAAGGAUACGUUAAAUUGACAAGCAAAUAUUAAUUAAUGAACAUUAAUAUCCUCAAUUGAAAAAUUGUAAAUUUUACCAUUUUCCUUUUUAA